GUCUUUGAAAUAGAGUGCGAACAACUCGCAGAGAUAGCGCGUCCUACAUGAGCAAAAAGUCAAAAGCAAUUAUCUAAACUUAGUGUCAGAGAUCAAAAACAUUAUCAUCACUACCUCAGUCUUCCCUGUGCGGCUGUGCUCGUCUCUCCCGGACGUUAAGACGCUUCCAGGUCUCUUAGUCGCUGGAGAAAAUGGAGCAUACUCGGGCGCUUGUAGCACUUACUAUGUUUCUCUUGUCUUAUGCUACCGAUUCCGCCGGUGAUUUCACCGCCGUUUCAAAGCUCCGGCGAAACUCUCAAGUGACUGGAGGUCUAUGCGCUCACCUCAUAGAACCUGCUGGUUUCCCUUGCACAGAACACUCGACUGAGACAAAGGAUGGUUACCUCCUUGGACUUCAACGUGUGUCGUCUCGCUCAACAAUUGUCAGAGGUGAAAUGGGUCCUCCGGUCCUGCUCAUCCAUGGACUCUUUAUGGUAAUGUUGUUGCCAGUCUCAAAUUUCAUUUUGCUACCUUCUGAAUACUAGGACUUUAUUGCAUUUUGGUACACCUGUUUGGAGCAGAAUUAAAUUCCUAAUAUAUUGGCCAACUUACCAGAAGAAACACACUUGCGCUGUGCUCACAAAGAAAAAGAAAAAGGAGAAAUGAGAACUUAGGCACAAGCAAAGGAGAAAAAGAACAAGGAAACAUCUUAUUAUAUAUUUUUUUAGAAAACAUUCUUUUGGCCCAUCCUAGCUUGUUUGAUUUUCAGCACAGUCCUAUGUUGUAGGAUCUAUGCACUGAAUCUUAUAAUGGUUAGACCACUCUGAACACUGGCAUUUCUUCCAAUCAAUUGAACACCGGGCUGCCUUUUUUUUUUAAUUGAAAUUUCUUCUUUGUUAGCAGUAGACUACAUCUGAUAUCGGGUCUUACUGGUUAAAUUGGCUCAAUUAUCACAUUCUGGGAUGAAUUUUUAAUCCUAAAGAAGAAUGAAGCUUGAAGUUCAAACAGAUACCAAGAAGUAAAUUUCUUCUUUUCCGAUAAAAGAGAUAUUGUGUCUUUGUGAAGGAGAUUGUAUAAGAAUGUUUUGGAGAGAGCAUCUUGUGUAAGAAUGCCUUCGGAGAAAGCAUCUUAUAUUAGG